CUCUCUUUUUUCUCUCACUUCAACAUCUUCUCUCUCUAAACCACCGGCGACGACGACGAUGAAGAAACUUAUUCGCCGUCUUUCCGCCUCCUCACAGUAUUUGCUACUCCGAUCCGACGGCGGCGAAGUAUCCGGUUCAAAAUCGCGUCGAUCAAAAGUCCGAUCAUCUGAUAUAGUACCGGUAGGACAUAUUCCUUUAUACGUCGGCGAUGAGAUGGAACGGUUCGUUGUAAGUGCCGAUCUACUUAAUCAUCCUAUAUUCGUUAUGCUUCUCAAUAAAUCAGCUCAAGAAUACGGUUACGAACAGAUUGGCGUGCUUCGUAUUCCUUGUCAUGUACUUGUUUUCGAGAGAAUUUUGGAAGCGUUACGAAUUGGUGAUGAAUCUCCGGUUGUUCAGGAACUUCUUAAUUCACUCUCGAAUGAGUUUCUUGAGUGCCGCGUAUGUUGAUUUCUCAGUUAUAUAUAGAUCAUGGAAAUAGAUUAAAGCAAGAGAGAUCUUAAUUAGUUAAUUAAUUAGAUUGAUUUUCUCACCUUCGAUUCUCUUCUCUUCUGUACAUAUAAUAUAUAUAUAUAUAUAUAGGAUUAUAUGAAUUAGCUUUUUGUGU